AUGAGGUUCUCCCUGCUUUCCAUUGGCCUUCUGGCCUUGCUUACCCCUUUAACAGCAGCCUGGAGCAAGGAGGAUCGCGAAAUCUUCCGUGUCCGCGAUGAGAUACGCGCGCAGGAAGGUGGAGACCUGACCUUCUACGACAUCCUUGAGAUCCCGCCCAAUGCCAGCCAGGACGAGAUAACCAAGGCCUACCGCAAGAAGACGCGCUCUCUCCACCCCGACAAGGUCCGCCAGAACCUCAUCUCCGAAAGCAAAAAGCGCAAGAAGAAGGACGGCAAGCCCGGCGUCAAGGCCACGAAGCCCCCGAGCGAGUCCGAGAUCCGCAGCGCGCAGCGCCAGGCCUCGGAACGACAGACGCGACUUAGUUUGAUCGCGAACAUCCUGCGCGGACCCGAGCGAGCUCGAUACGAUCACUUUCUUUCGAAUGGAUUCCCUACCUGGAAGGGCACGAACUACUACUACAGCCGAUACAGGCCCGGAUUGGGUACUGUUCUGGUGGGGCUUUUCAUCGUCGGUGGCGGCGGAUUCCAUUACCUUGCUCUCUACAUGAGCUGGAAGAGACGGAGAGAAUUCCUGGAGAGGUACAUCAAGUUUGCGCGACAGACCGCUUGGGGCGAGAACCUUGGUAUUCCGACAGGCGGAGCCGCGGCCGCCGCUGCGAGGCAAUCCUAUACCGCCGAUUCCGACGCUGAUGCCGAUGAGGAGUCAUACCAGCCUCGCAACCGACGGGAGAGGCGUCUUCAGGAGCGUGAGAGUCGCCGCGAGCAAGGAAAGAAGGCGCCCAAGAAGAAGUCUCCGGCUGCCAACCAGGAGGAGCAGUCUCAGGGCGGUCCUACCGGUACUAGGAAGCGAGUCGUGGCUGAGAAUGGCAAGAUCCUUGUCGUCGACUCUCUGGGCGAUGUCUACCUCGAAGAAGAGGAUGCUGAUGGCAACGUGGAGCUCUUCCUCCUUGAUCCCAACGAGCUUCGCAAGCCCGACUUCACCGAUACUGCCGUCGUGCGCGUUCCCCUCUGGGCUCUCAGGAUGGCCAUGCUCCGUGUCGCACCUCGCCCCCAGCCCGUAGCCAUUGAGGAUGAUGAAGAGGAAGCGGAGAAGGAGAACGAGGUGGAAGACGACGACUCGGAACCGGCGCAACCUACCCCAAGCACCGGAUCGGAUGUUGGAGACUUUGAAGUGUUGGAGAAGUCUACCGACUCCCUGGAGAAGGCUAAGACCACGGGUGCGCAAGCGCAGACUGGUGGUAAGAAGAGGCGAAACAAGAAGAGGUGA